CCUCCUCUCUCUCUUUUCCUCCUCCUCCUCCCCCCUCUCCUCCUCCUCCUCUUCCUCUCCUCUCUCUUCCUUUCCCUGAAUUUUCUCCUCUCCUCUCAGGUCAUUCCAUGGUAUUCCGCUCCCCUCUAGAGCUCUAUCCCUCCCACUUCUUCUUGCCAAACUUCGCGGAUCCUCAUCACCGCUCCCUACUUCUGGCUAGUAGCAGCGGCGGCGGCGGCGGCGGGAGCAGUGCGGGUGGAGGCGGCGGCGGCGCGGGAGGAGGCGGCGCGGGAGGAGGCGGCGGCGGUGGCGGAGGAGGCGGCGGCAGCGGCGGCGGCUCCAGGGCCCCCCCGGAAGAGUUGUCCAUGUUCCAGCUGCCCACCCUCAACUUCUCUCCGGAGCAGGUGGCCAGCGUCUGCGAGACGCUGGAGGAGACUGGGGACAUCGAGCGGCUGGGACGCUUCCUCUGGUCCUUGCCCGUGGCCCCGGGGGCGUGCGAGGCCAUCAACAAGCACGAGUCUAUCCUGCGCGCCCGCGCCGUGGUCGCCUUCCACACGGGCAACUUUCGCGACCUCUACCACAUCCUGGAGAACCACAAGUUCACCAAAGAGUCGCACGGCAAGCUGCAAGCCAUGUGGCUGGAGGCGCACUACCAAGAGGCGGAGAAGCUGCGCGGCCGCCCUCUCGGCCCAGUGGACAAGUACCGAGUGAGGAAGAAGUUCCCGUUGCCCCGAACCAUCUGGGACGGCGAGCAGAAGACUCAUUGCUUCAAGGAGCGGACUCGGAGCCUGCUCAGGGAGUGGUACCUUCAGGACCCCUACCCCAACCCCAGCAAGAAACGCGAACUGGCUCAGGCCACGGGCCUCACCCCCACACAAGUAGGCAACUGGUUUAAGAACCGGCGGCAGCGCGACCGGGCGGCUGCGGCCAAGAACAGGCUGCAGCAUCAGUCGAUCGGACAGAGCGGCAUGCGCUCGUUGGCUGAGCCUGGCUGCCCGACGCACGGCUCGGCAGAGUCGCCAUCCACGGCGGCCAGUCCCACAACCAGUGUGUCCAGCCUGACAGAACGAGCGGACACCGGCACCUCCAUCCUCUCGGUAACCUCCAGCGACUCGGAAUGUGAUGUAUGAUAGCGGAAAGACGGUCCUCCUCCACCUCUCCCUCCUCCUCUUCCUCCUUUUCCUCCCCCCACCCCCAACUCCUAUCUUUCCCACCCUAGAGCAAACCCAAAUCAGGACACACAUACACACAUACACACAGCCACACACGCACACACAAAGCCAAAAUUUUAAAAAGCAAGAAACAUUAGAAACUAAUCAAAACUGUCAACAAAACCCAACCACCUUCAGCCACCACCGCCACACAACGGACCCGGACGCCAACAGACAUUCACAAAUGCUGAUGUUGCGGGGGGAACAAUUAAAAGAGGUGACAAUUGUAUACUUUCUAGGACAAGCACGACUUCUCCUUUCGCUUCCCAUGGACGAGGCACCCCACCUGCAUGACGGUUUAUUUGUAUCUGGGAAAAUAUUCUCUAUAGCUUAAAACGAUUUAAAAAGAAUCGAAUACACAAUCACCACCGAGGCAACAACGGGCGACAAAGACCAAAAAUGACAAAAACAGCAACAACUACAACAAAAAAUGAACCCACCAACGCCAUCUCCGUUCUGAAUUUGUACAAAAAAAAAAAGAAAGAAAAAAGAGAACUCCUUGUGAAGAGGGAAAUAGCAAAUGUUUCUUGCCUUUUUUUUUGCUCUCUCUUAUCUCUCUGUCUCUACCCCUCUCACUCUGUCUUUCUUCUCUCUCUCUCUCUCUCUCUCUCUCUCUCUCUCUCUCCUCUCACUCUGUCUCUCUCCUCUCUCUUUGUCUCUUCCAUCUCUCUCUUCUUUCCCACUUCCUCUUCCUCUCUGUUUUUAAGUCCAAGUAAUGGUCAGCCAAGAUGCAAUCUUCUGUUUUUUUGUUCAGCAGACAAUCAUUUUAUUCGUAAGCACCUUUUUUUCUACACUUCUGUCACUGCCUGUGUGGGUACUGGUUAUAAAUGUGGAAAAAGGAUAGUUAUGACUGUAAAAGAUUUUAUUUUUAUUUCAAAAUUUUAUAUGAAUUAUGUAUAUCUUAAUGAUGCGGUCAUUUUUCCCAGUUUGUAAUAUAUGUGUAGAAAUUGCCUGUAUAUUCUAUUGCUUUUUUCUCUUCUCCCUUUUGCCAUUUUCUGUGUUCUCUCUCUCCGUUUUUCUCUCUCCCACUGCCCUAACCCCUCAACACUUCCCCCGUGUUUUUCUUUUUCCCUUCCCCCCCCCUUUUUUUUUAAUUUUCCAAGACUUGGCGUUCCUUGCGUAUACUUAGCUGUUCUGUUCUGAGCCGCUAGGUUAGAGAAAGGGACCCCAGCAACAGCGAAAUCGGAGAGUGAGACUGUAGUAUUCUUAUGCAAAAGCUAUUUUGAGUAUUUCUUAGCUGCUUUGGGGGUAUUCUCUCAACUCCCCGUAGGGCGCUUAUACUGUUUCCUUAACUGCGUGUUUAUCUAUAUGUAAAAACUUUCUAAAUCAAAUACAGUAUUCUUCAUUUUCUUAUCUA